UAGACGAAAGGGCAAAAAAAAAGGGCUGCUUUUCUUUGUGCAUUGCGAUAAGGACUUGAGUAGUGAGAAAUUAAGACCCUUUUUUGUGCCAAUAGCUAAUCCCAACUGUGGCCCUCCUCUGUGCAUUUCUGAUCAGAGGUUCAGACGGACUUAAUUCAGCAAAAAUGUUCGACCUUUACUUGUCUCAAUUCAAAACCCACCUCGAUUCCGCUUCUAUGCCCUGCAAAGCUGUUCGAGAUUUAACCCACUUCACCAUAAUGUGAGUCGGUCUGUAUUUAGUUGAAAAAAAAUAUAUAAAAAGAGAAACCUUUUUACCUUCUUUUCCAGAGAGUCUUCUUCAACUUCUUGUUUGUUGUUGCUUUAACUGCUUCUGUGCUAUUGGGUUUUGAAGUUUUGGGCUUUGUCUGUGAGGGUUUGUGGUUUGCCUGAGAAGAUGCUUGGCGUUUAAGGUUUUAUGAUAGGGUUGGUGAGUGUGUGGACCUGUUUCAGCUUCUGUGUUGCUGUUUGUCUUCUGAAUGAAGCCUUGUAUCUUGUUUUCUUGGGUUUGGUAUGGCUUCCAUUGUUGUUUUUUUUUUUUCUUUCAAGUUCUUAGCCUUUUUAGAUUUGAAGUCCUUAAUCUUUCUGUCUUGACUCUUGAGUGAUUUAGAUUCUUGGGUUUCAUUUGAAUUGAUUCUCUUCUGUUUAUUUUAUGGUUUCCCCUUUUAGCUAGUCCUGUGUCUUUAAUUUUACGUCCAAGUUGCUUUGAAUCUAGGGUUUCUUCUUCUUCUUACAAACUGAUUAUCUUAGAUUUAAAGAGCUCCACAACUUACUUCCAAUGUAUCUUCUGUGGGGGAUUUGCUGCUCCAUUCUUGAAAAUGAUUGUGUGCUCAGGUCCUAGAUUGAAACUGAUCCACAUUUUGUUGGUUGGAAUGUGAACUCUGAUGGAUGUCAUUCAAGGUUCCUUUGACUUGAUGCAUCUUUUAGUGUUUCUUAUCUUUAUUUAAGCAAUUUAGUAGGUUAAUUUGUAGAAAACCCUCAAAGAGUCCACAUUGUUUAUUGUAAAACUCUGUGAUUGUACCAUAUAUUUGAGCAUAGGACAUUGGGGGUUAAGUUUAUUCAAACAGAAAUUUAGGCUUGUAUGCAUGGAUCAAAGAGAUGCAAUGGGGUUACCUGGGUCGCCUUCUUACUAUAUGCAGAGAGGCAUAUCUGGGCCUGGAACAGGAACGCAAUCUGGGUUGCAUGGAUCGUCAGCCAUUCGUUCCCUAUCUAAUCCAAGUAUGGCAUUUCAAUCAAACACUGUUGGCAGUAAUAUUGGAUCAACAUUGGCUAUGGAGCCUUCAACAACAGUCUCACCUCAUGGUGUCAAUAUGGGUGCACCAUCUGUCGUGCCACCAGGGGAGCCGGUGAAGAGGAAGAGGGGAAGGCCCCGGAAAUAUGGACCUGAUGGGACAGUGUCAUUGGCAUUGUCUCCAUCUUCAUCUACUCAUCCUGGGACAAUAACCUCAACCCAAAAACGAGGUAGAGGACGGCCACCAGGGACUGGGAGGAAGCAACAAUUAGCUUCCCUUGGUGAAUGGCUGUCUGGUUCAGCCGGGAUGGGCUUUACUCCACAUAUCCUCACUGUAGCAGUAGGGGAGGACAUUGCAACCAAAAUAAUGUCAUUUGCGCAGCAGGGACCAAGAGCUGUUUGUGUCUUAUCUGCCAAUGGUGCUGUCUCUACUGUAACUCUCUGUCAGGCAUCGUCUUCUGGAGGCACUGUCACAUAUGAGGGACGCUUUGAGAUUCUAUGUUUAUCAGGCUCUUACUUGGUCAGCAACAAUGGUGGAUCCCGCAAUCGAACCGGUGGUCUGAGCGUCUCCCUUGCUAGUCCUGAUGGACGUGUAAUUGGUGGUGGAGUUGGUGGUAUGCUUAUUGCUGCUACCCCUGUUCAGGUGAUAGUUGGACGUUUCAUAUGGGGUGGUCCGAAGACAAAAGCAAAGAAGGGCGAAGGUUCAGAUGGUGGAAGAGAUGCAGAACAAGAGACAGAUGACAACCCGGUAAGCCCAUCUGCAGCACUGCCAAGUCAAAGUCUCAAUCCGACGUCUUCUGUUGGCGUGUGGCCUGGUUCACGGCCAAUGGACAUGCGUAAUGCACAUAUUGACAUUGACUUGAUGCGCGGUUGACUAUAUCGUUUGGCACUUUGACGAGCAAAGCAUACUGCUGAGUUUAAGUGCAUCAAUAUCUAAUUUUUCCUGAAGUUCGAUGGACGGACUGAAUUCAGCUGAUUCUGGGACUUGAUUAUUCUUCACUUGCCCAUAUGGACAAUGGGGAUGUAGUCAUAUUUUGCAGCUUAAUGACAUCUUAGUUUGUGAUCUUAGCGCUAUGCUGUUAAUCGAUUUUGUGCUGUAGACAUUUCCUCCUUCAGAUUUAACCAAGAAAAAUAUAAGCUGUAGUACAUUUUGUGCAGCUUGUAUUGUAUUGCAGAA